CUUGUGUUUUGUGCUGGCUGGCUGACGAAUUCGUGUUACGCAUUUUGCAAUUGGAUUUUAAUUAAAUACACAAUAAAUUUACAAUAAAGAUGCAUGGUCGUGUUAAAGUGCGUACUACGGAGGAGGAACGAGAGCGCAAGAAGAAGGAGCAGGUGCUCAAAAUGCGAGCGUAUCGAGCAGCAAUGUCACGUCUGCAGAAAAAACGUAGCGCCGGCGAACUCGAUGACGAAUUGCUUAGCUUGACGGUGAAUCUGCUGCUGCGCAAUCCGGACAUUGGCACCGUGUGGAACAUACGACGCGAGUGUGUGCUCCAUAAGGUGGCACAGCUGCAAAAGGAGAAGGAAGAAGAGAAGAAAGACGAGAAAGAGGAGAAGAAGGAGGAGAAGCCCACUGUGGAGCAGCAGCUGCAACGCAUCUAUGCAACUGAACUGGACCUCACCGAACAGUGCCUCAUGGUCAAUCCCAAGUCUUAUGGUGCCUGGCAUCAUCGUUGCUGGACUUUGGAACAGAAUCCGCAAGCGGACUGGGAGCGGGAGUUAUUCUUGUGCAACAAGUACUUAAAGUACGACGAGCGCAACUUCCACACCUGGGACUAUAGGCGCUAUGUGUGCGCCAAGGCAGCGGUGCCGCAGCAGCAAGAGCUGGACUUUUGCACGGAAAAAAUCAAAGUAAACUUCUCGAACUACUCGAGUUGGCAUCAUCGCAGUCUGCUGCUGCCCAAGCUGUAUCCCAACGAGCAGCAGGAUCGACCGAUGAGCGAGCACAAGCUGAAGGAGGAGUUGGAAAUGGUUAUGACAGCUGCAUUCACCGAUCCCAACGACAGCAGCGCUUGGUUCUAUCAACGCUGGCUUUUGGGCAGUGGCGCCCAGUUGGACGAGAAGCCAACAGUGGCUGCGUUUCGCUGUUGGCCCCACAAGGCACAGUUGGCACUGAAAAAGCCUUGUGCUGAGUUGUCGCAGCUCAAGUUGCAGUUGAUUAGCGGAGAGCAAGCACAUCCUUUAGAGUCUUGGACAGCGGCAAAUACAGAGAAGACUUUAUGGGAAUGCAGCCACAGCAUUGAGAUUCAAGCAAGCCAGGAAUAUGCCUUGGAGGUGGAAGGACGGCGCCUUAAACUGGCUGUGCAGCCAAGUGAUCAGAGCAUUUACUUCUUUGUGCCACCUGUGGCAGCUGCCAGUUGCAGCAAGGAGCUGCUCGCUGAACUGGAAUCGCAGCUGCAAUCCUGUCGCGAUCUGCUGGAGUACGAGCCGGACAGCAAGUGGACGCUGCUGACAAGUGCGCUCUUGAUGCGUGCCAUUGAUCCAAGUAAAUAUCACGAGCAGAGCUUGGCAAAUCUAAUCAAACUUGAGCAGGUCGAUGCUCUACGCAAAGGUUACUACGAGGACUUGGCUCGACGCUGGACCAUGGAAGAGGCGUUGACCAAGUGGCCAGAGUCAGCGCAAUUUCCUCAACUAUUCGAGCUGCCGCUCAAGACACCAAAGACUCCUUAUCGACAGUAUCUGAUUGUGGCGGACACCGUGAAAGAAGUCGAAUAGUCAAUAAAGGAAGAUUAGUUAGCUCUCGGUUGCAGGUAUUGAUCCCAUUAAAUUAUCACCAGCUGAAAACAUUUCUUAUAUGUAUUUAAUUCUCUGAUGUAGUUCCAUAGUUGUAGAAUUCUCUCAUUAAGUUGAAAGUGUGUUUCAUAUGCUUGUAUAUAUUUGAUACAAUAUAUUCCAUGUCUAUUGCUGAGAACAUAUUUGUAUUUAAUUAAUUCAUUUACACACUAAUAAAGCGAAGUAUGAAAUAA